UGUGUUUACCCAGCUGAAGUUGGUUCUUCAUUAGCAGUCUCUGGCCACACGUCAAUCACUCACUUUGACGCCUCAUCUUUGGUGAGAAUCGCCGGCAGCAGAAUGGCAGCGGCGGCCCCCACCCCGGAGGAGUCCGUCCGGAGCGGCGGCGGAGGCAGCGGCGGCGCGGCCGCGGGCACACCCAGCUCGCUGGCCGGGGACGGGGACGCGGAAGAGGCCGAGGACUUCACGUCGUCGUCCCACUGCUCGGAGCUGUCCAGGCGGCAGAACGAGCAGCGGAAGCAGGGCUUGUUCUGCGACGUGACGCUGGCCUUCAGCAGCGGAGCGGCCACCGGCAGCGUCCAGAGCUGCGAGUUCUCGGCCCACAGGUCCGUCCUGGCCGCGGCCACCGACUACUUCACACCGCUGCUGGGGGGACAGUUCUCCGAGUCGCUGUCCGGGCGGGUGGAGAUGAAGGAGUGGAGCUCCGAGCUGGGACCUGACCCGGAGACGGUGGAGAGCGUGAUCCAGUACAUGUACACGGGGGAGAUCCGGGUCAGCACCUGCAACGUGCACGAGGUGCUGGAGCUGGCGGACAGGUUCCUCCUGCUCCAGCUGAAGGACUUCUGCGGCGAGUUCCUCAAGAAGAAGCUGAGCUUAACCAACUGCGUGGCCGUGCACAGCCUGGCCCACAUGUACACGCUGGACCAGCUGGCCCUGCGGGCCGCCGACAUGAUCCGCCGCAACUUCCACAAGGUGAUCCAGGACGAGGAGUUCUACACGCUGCCCUUCCACCUGGUCCGGGACUGGCUGUCCGACGCCGAGAUCACGGUGGACUCCGAGGAGGUGCUGUUCGAGGCCGUGGUCAAGUGGGUGCAGAAGAACGCGGACGAGCGCGGCCGCUACUUCGAGGAGCUGUUCCGCCUGCUGAGGCUGCCGCAGAUCAAGCCCACCUACCUGACCCGGGUGGUGAAGAACGAGCGCCUGGUGGCCGCCAACGAGGCCUGCCUGCGCCUGGUGUCGGAGGCCGUGGAGGGCCACGCCAUCCGCUUCGAGAACCUCAAGUCGGCCGACAUGGAGUUCUGGUCGUCGCACAUGGCGUCCUUCCAGCCCCGCUUCGGCCAGAACAUGGACGUCAUCAUGGUGGUGGGCGGCGUGUCGGAGGGCGGAGACUACCUCAGCGAGUGCGUGGGCUACUUCAUCUACGAGGACCGCUGGGUCAACCUGCCGCACAUCCACAACCACCUGGACGGGCACGCCAUCGCCGCCACCGAGUCCCACGUCUACGUGGCCGGGUCCAUGGAGCCGGGCUUCGCCAAGACGGUGGAGCGCUACAACCCCAACCGCAACACCUGGGAGCAGGUGAGCAACCUCACCACCCGCAAGCACUCCUUCGGCCUCACCUGCAUCAAGGACAUCCUGUACAGCAUCGGCGGCCACGGGAACUUCAGCCCGGGGUUCAAAGACGUGAGCGUCUACGAGCCCGAGCAGGACAAGUGGCACAACCUGGAGUCCGCCCCCAAGAUCCUGAGGGACGUGAAGGCGGUGAGCGUGGAGGACCGCUACGUCUACGUCACGGCUCGCACGCCCGUCGACACGGACAACGAGGACGGGCUGAAGACGGUGACCACCCGCUACGACACGGAGAGCCGCCAGUGGCAGGACGUCGACUCGCUGCCGCUCAUCGACAACUACUGCAUCUUCCAGAUGGCCGUGGCGUCCACCAACUUCUACCACACGGCGUCCUGCUGCCCCAAGAGCUACGCCGUGCGGGACGAGGUGGCCCGGCAGAAGAUCAGCGUGCGCAUCUCCGACGAGAUCCUGGAGAGCCUGCCCCCGGAGGUGACCAGCAUCGAGGGCGCCGCCAUCUGCCACUUCGACGAGGACGUCUUCAUCAUCGGGGGCUGGAAGAACAGCGACGACGUGGACAAGCAGUACCGCAAGGAGGCGUACCGCUACUGCGCCGAGAGGAAGCGCUGGAUGCUGCUGCCGCCCAUGCCCCAGCCGCGCUGCCGGGCCACCGCCUGCCACGUGCGCAUCCCGUACCGCUUCCUGUACGGCUGCCAGCGGUACCCCAUGCCCCAGAACCUGGCUCGCCAGCGCGACCGCAUGCAGCAGAUGCAGCAGCUGCACCGCCGCACCCUCACCCUCCGCCGGCAGCUCCAGUCGCAGAUCGAGUGUUGAACGCUGAAGCCGCUUUGCGCCAUCUCCCAUCGCCGUCGAGGCUCAUCCAUACGCUCACGCCGCGGUCGCCCUGGAUUUCAUGGACUCCGUGCCAUCGGCUCUCGUGCUCACGUUGUGUUGCUGUGGCGAAUUAGUGCAAACGCUCAUCGAGGAGGGAUAUAAUGAAUGUAAACAUGUGAAUAAGAGUGAUUAUAUAGCAGCUAACAACUGAAUAUCCUUCAGUCAUUCAUCUUAUAGAUACUGUUUAUCUGCUGUACAUAAAAAAAAGCUGUAUAUGUAUACAUUUCUAUGGAUAUUUUACAUUCCUUUUAUCAUUCAUGUGACAUUAGUAAUAACUGCAUUCCUCCUGUCAUUCCAUCGUAACACUGUGACAAUCUCCUCCAGCUUCGGACUCGGACUCCCGUCGCCGCUGCUUCGUUAGGCUUGUGUGUUUACCGUCCGGCCUCCGCAGUAAAAUCUCAAUCAACCCAGAGGCUGCUGAUCCUGUAGGCUAGUUCGCUUCUUAGACUCUCAUCGUUCCUCCAAAGGUUUCUCCAGUGUAUUCCUGUUUUUUCGUUCGUGACGCCUGCCAUGUUUCCCGGGUUUCCAGAGCAGGUUCGACGAUAGGAGGACUGUAAUAUCCCAAAAGAUGUGAUUAUAUUUAAUGAAAUCGUUCCUUUAAGUCUCUUAAACCCUCUUCUCUGCCGCCGGUGGAUCAGUCAUUCCUCCCUUUUGCACUUUGGUUGUUACUUACUGUAAUCUGUUCAUUUUCAAACAGACACAUAUUUAAUGUGUUCAUGUAUGUGGGUGCGAGUGUGUAAGAACUGUGUUUCCAUAAAUUAUCCCUUUGCAAAGAAAGGCGAAAAGCUUGUCUGGAUCUGCACUUUUUGACAUCUUAAAGUCUUAAAGAGGCAUAGUAAUUAUUUUGCCACUGCACUACUUUGCUUGUUUUCUUGGACUCAUAUCAGACAGGGUGAUUGUAUUUUGGAAAUGCUUUGUUUUACCAGCUUAUCCAGCCACUAAGAGUCAAAGUUUCUCUAAAGGAAAAACAAAAGAAAAGAAACGGCAGAAUUUCUUUCCAGCAUUAGAUGUCUUGUUAUUGUACUUCACUUCCAGCUGCGUGCAUCAUGGAGACCUGGCUUUUACCCACCAAAGAGAAGCAAGAAGAAAGAAGAGAUUAGAUUUAUUAAUAAAAGGAAUUAUUAUAUGAAUGUGUUGUGACUGACAUUCAGAAUUUCCCUUUGUCCUUGCAGUGCUU